AUGGGCUCCCAUCAGCAGAAGGGCGACGGACAAGGGAUCUCUGAGCAGUCUGGUGGAUGCCAUGGAGGUGGUGGUGGAGGAAGUUCAUGCCAUGGUGGUGGUGGAGGAGGAUCCUGCCACUCCAGUGGGGGUGGAGGCUCUAUAGGAUACCAGACCCAGGGAUCGUCCUGCCACAGUGGAGGAAGCAGCAGCGGUGGUGGUGCUAUCUACCAGACCCACAUAUCAUCAUCUUCCUUUGGAGGAGGAGGAGGAUCUUCAGGCCACCAGAGCCAAGGAUCCAUCGGCAGUGGAAGUGGUGGUGGCGGUGGGUCAGGCCACCAGGGACAAGAACCCAUCUGCAUUAUUGGAGGAGGCGGCAGUGGCGGUGGUGGAGGUGGAGGAGGUUACAGCCACCAAAGCCAAGGCCCCAUCUGCAUUGGAGGUGGCAGCAUGGGUGGAGGAGGUGGAGGUGGUUCUGGCCACCAGGGCCAAGGAUCCAUCUGCAUUAUUGGUGGAGAACAGGGAAGGAUUUUUCAAUGUCUCCGAGGGAGAUGCUCCCGCCGGAACAGGGGCUACAACAAUAACAUCCCCUCGCAAUACGGAGGAUGCCAAGGGUGCUCCUCGAGCAUCGAGGGACGGGGCUCCUUCUUCUUUGGCGGGGAUGGCUCCGUCACCUGCAGCCGGGAAGCUUCGCUCUGCCCAGCCAUGCCAGCGUCCUCCACCUGCAGCGUUGCAGCGGGGUACAGCUGUGGCGGGGACGGGGCUGUUAUCAUAAGCAGUGGUGACAGCAGGGGGACGUCUGGCUGGAGCACCGCAGGGGGGACAGUCCCAGCCUACAGCACCCGGCGGGGAGCGGAAUACGGCAUCGAGGACGCGGGACGGAGAAUGCUUGGCAGCUCAAGGGUUGGUGGAGGAUCCAGCUGCUACACUGGGAAUUUGGGCAUCAGUGCAGGAAGAGGCUCCAGCUAUGGAGGCGAUGCAUGCCACAGAGAAAAGGCUUUAACCGCGGGUGGGAGCAGCGGGGGAGCAGGGUUCUCUAGCGGAGCAUCAGGCUAUGGCAGUGGGGAAUUCUCCAGCCCAGAGCUGAGCCCUGGAGGUGCUGGGUCCUCCCAGGCCAUGCAGCAGAAGUGCCCAGUGGUCAUUCCCGACAUUGAGACCCAACAGAGCAAGAAGAGCUGCCACUGGCCGUCCAGCCAGAAGAAAUGAAGGACCCAGCAGCCACCCCUGCUCACGCAGCCGUGCCCUGGAUGUGCCAUGCUGCGGCUUGUCCCACGGACCGGGAGCUUUGCAUUCCUCACAUCAGGCUGCGCUUCUAAUGCUG